UUUCCCGCCGUGCCUUGCGCUGACGCAUUCCAAGGCUGCGGCACGGCAGGGCUGGGAAGUCCUGGCGAAAGACACACUCGCGGAGGAGGCAGGCGGGCGGGAGAGCCGAGGCAGCGGCGCCAUGGGCGGGGAGCAAGAGAUCGUCCGCAUCGCCAGGCGCCUCGAUAAGAUGGUGGCCAAGAAGAGCGCGGAAGGGGCAAUGGAUUUACUGAAGGAACUAAAAAAUAUGCCAAUAACUCUCCAUUUAUUACAGUCUACCCGGAUCGGGAUGUCUGUGAACGCACUUCGGAAGCAGAGCACAGAUGAAGACGUGAUUGCCCUUGCCAAAUCUCUUAUCAAAGCCUGGAAAAAACUUCUAGAUGCCUCAGAGGAUAAAGGAGAUGAAAAGAAAAAGAAUUCUUUGCCAACUUCAUCCUCAAGGGAGAGCGGUGACUCCAAAGACCAAAGCUCCAUUAAAAGGCAGGACCUGCCGAAGACUCCCACCACUCCCAAAAUCACCACCUUUCCGCCAGUGCCUAUCACAUGUGACACUGUACGUAACAAAUGUAGAGAAAUGUUGACUUCUGCUCUACAAACAGACAAUGACUAUGUUGCCAUCGGUGCUGACUGUGAAGACUUGGCAGCUCAAAUUGAAGAAUUUAUAUACCAAGAUGUCAAGAACACAGACUUGAAGUACAAAAACCGUGUUAGGAGCCGCAUCUCCAAUCUAAAGGACUCUAAGAAUCCUGACCUCCGAAAGAAUGUCUUGUGCGGAGUGAUCACUCCAGAACAAAUUGCAGUGAUGACUUCAGAGGAAAUGGCCAGCAAUGAGCUGAAGGAGAUCCGGAAAGCCAUGACCAAGGAGGCUAUCCGGGAACAUCAAAUGGCUAAAACAGGAGGGACCCAGACUGAUCUCUUCACCUGUGGAAAAUGUAGGAAGAAGAACUGUAUCUACACCCAACUACAAACUCGCAGUUCAGACGAGCCAAUGACCACUUUUGUUGUGUGUAAUGAAUGUGGGAACCGCUGGAAGUUCUGCUGAGACGACUGUGACAAGAGCAGCAACAGUCAAAUCUGGGUCAGAUCUCCGCCAUACAUUCCCACUAACACCGCCAGCAAAUUUUAUAUAUUUUUUUUGUCACCGAUGUUACUUUGUGCCCUGUACAUCGUCCAGGUGCGGCAGGCCCAGCUGUGUUUCAUGCCUAGGAAUGGAAUGGCAACAGCUGGGAAUAGAAGCUGGGAGGGUGCCAAGUGGAGAAUUUAUGUGGACUGACCACCUUUGGAGUUUCUCAUCUUAAUCAGUAUUAAAUCUUUUUGGUCUUUUUUUUUUUCAACUGUUGGCCAGGCAUCUAGUCUUGAAUCUUGGAAUGUGCGAUGGCUUCUUGUGACUUUCCUUGUUUCCAGUUGCCUCUUUCAGAAGCUCUGACGAACAUGUGUCUCACUCUCAGAUCCAUAGGAUGUCAUUUUAACUGCCAUUGCAAGUGACGCCUACCAGUUUAAACUUGUUUCACCUUUGCCUGGAGAUCAGGCUGUUCUCAAAGUACAACUUGCAGGGGAGUUUCUUUUUGUGAAGGAGGGGUGAGCAUAAACCAACUUCAAAACAGUU